AUUCAGUGGUCUUGGUUGGCAACAAAAGAUGUGUGUUUGAAGAACGUAAAAAUUAAAUAUAUCUAUUUUUUAGGAUUGAAGUCCUAAUUACAAGAGACAUAAUUGCUUGCUCUUUGUAUACUUUAACAUACCAAUAAUAAUGGAUUCCGAAGAUGAAACAUAUGAUGACGUCGACUCGGGAAAUGAAUCGAGUGGCGACGAUGUUGAUUUUGCUAUGGAAGUUGAAGUUACGGGCCAUAGAGAGAAGCAAAACGAUUCCGAUGACUACCCCUACGAAGUUCUAAGCACUGAAGAAAUAGUCCAACAUAUGGUCGAUUCUAUUAAAGAUGUUAACUCCGUUGUAGAGAUUCCGGCAACAACAACACGUAUUCUGUUAAAUCAUUUCCGAUGGGAUAAGGAGAAGCUUAUGGAACGGUUUUACGAUGGAGAUCAAGACCAACUUUUCAGUGAAGCCAGAGUUAUUAACCCGUUCAAAAAGUUAAAUAUUACAGUGAGGACAAAGGUAACGUUUAAAAAAACUGCAAACGGAACUGAAGAAUGUGAAAUUUGUUUUAUGGUACUGCCAUGUUCGCAUAUGACUGGUUUGGAAUGUGGUCACAGGUUUUGUAUCCACUGUUGGUGUGAAUAUUUAACAACGAAAAUCAUGGAAGAAGGUGUAGGACAAACUAUUGCUUGCGCAGCACAUGGUUGUGAUAUUUUAGUAGAUGAUGCCAGUGUAAUGCGGCUAGUUCGCGACUCCAAAGUCAGACUGAAAUAUCAGCAUUUGAUUACUAACAGUUUCGUCGAAUGUAACCGCUUGUUGCGUUGGUGUCCAUCUCCAGACUGCAGCAACGCAAUAAAAGUCCAGUACGUCGAACCUCACCGUGUAACAUGCAAAUGCAACCACACAUUCUGUUUCUCGUGCGGCGAGAACUGGCAUGAUCCCGUUAAAUGUCAUCUACUGAAAAAAUGGAUAAAAAAGUGCGACGACGAUUCUGAAACCAGUAACUGGAUUGCCGCCAACACAAAGGAAUGCCCAAGAUGUAAUGUUACAAUUGAAAAGGACGGAGGCUGUAAUCAUAUGGUGUGUAAAAACCAGAAUUGUAAAGCUGACUUCUGCUGGGUUUGUCUAGGACCUUGGGAACCUCACGGAAGUUCCUGGUAUAACUGUAACAGAUACGAUGAAGAUGAAGCUAAGGCUGCCAGAGAUGCUCAGGAAAAAUCUCGCUCGGCUCUACAGCGCUACCUGUUCUAUUGUAACCGCUACAUGAAUCAUAUGGCUUCAUUGAAGUUCGAGCAUAAACUUUACGCGUCGGUUAAAGAGAAAAUGGAAGAAAUGCAGCAGCACAACAUGAGCUGGAUUGAAGUUCAGUUUUUAAAGCGAGCAGUCGACAUUCUUUGCCAGUGCAGACAGACGUUGAUGUACACUUACGUGUUUGCGUAUUAUUUACUGAAAAACAAUCAGUCUGUGAUCUUUGAGGACAACCAGAAAGACUUGGAGAGUGCUACAGAGACCUUGUCUGAAUACUUGGAGAGGGAUAUUACGUCUGAAAACUUAGCUGAUAUUAAACAAAAAGUUCAAGAUAAAUAUAGGUACUGCGAUAGCCGACGAAAAGUAUUACUCGAACACGUCUACGAAGGGUAUGAAAAAGAAUGGUGGGACUACAAUGAAUAGUCGCAAACGAUUUUAAUGUUCCGAGAAAAAUAAUUUAGGUAGUAUUAUAGGAUCUUUAAAAAACACCUAGUUACCUCAGUCUGGUGAAAUUUAUUUUGCCUGUACUUAUUUUUUUCUUAUAUGCGCGUGUAUAUACACAAAAAAAUACCAAAACAAGAACCCCAUCUAUACGUAACGAUUUGCGUGUCGGUCAAAAAAGAAGACCGUCUAGAAAACCGGGCGUCAGUUCUGUAGACGGCCUAUCUUAAUUCAAGUAAAACGUUUGUUUUUUUUUCGUCUACACCUCUGGUCUACAUACAAGGUUUUACUUGAUAGGGUUUGACUGGAGAGGUAAAAUGUUAUGUACGGAGAGAGACGGGGGGCUUGAAUGUGAAAUGUAUAAAAUAUCCCCAAGAACCUUUGAAAAGAUUUUUAAAACAAAUGUAUUAUUUUAAUUUCACUUUAUUUAAGUUAUUUUAAUAAAUAGGGGAUA